CGGAGCAGCGCGGGCGGCGUGGCGAUACAUGGCUCGGUACGGGGCAGCCGGCAGCUUCACCUCAUCACGGGGCAACGGUCUGACCCUGCCCGGAGUACUUCCGGCACGCUGCAUUGUGGGCCGGGAGGGCAUAGGGUGGGCGGUGCAUGCGCGAAGGUGGCGGAGAGACGAGUGGGAGGAAGCUGGAGAAAUGAGUAGCCGAGAAGAAGCCGAGAUGCAAAUAUCAGAGUUAGAUUUACUCUCUAGCAUGUUUCCUUAUGAGGAAGAGUUUGCUGUGACCGACCAGCUGGCUGUGGCAGAACUAAAGCACUUUGUUGAAAAUGAGUCUGCAGAGAUGCCCUCUUCAAAGAUUCAGUUUAUACUGAAUGUGAAGCCAGAGGACUCUCAUGCCUCUAUGGUAAAGUUUACUAUGGUCUGUGCUUUACCAUUUAAAUAUCCAUCUGUUCUACCAGAAAUUACCGUGAGGUCACCAUUAUUAAGCCGCUCUCAGCAAGUCCAGCUGAACUCAGAUCUAAAAGCAUAUUUGAUGCAGAACUGUAGUGGUGAGCCUUGCGUGUUGAGUGCCAGAGAAUGGGUUAAAGAACAAGCAGCCACUUACAUUGACAGAGAACUUUCACCUUCUUCAGUGACAACGCCUAAUGCUGUGCGGUCAGAGGACAUGGUUUUCACUAGAUUGUGGAUCUAUAGUCACCAUAUUUACAACAAACAAAAAAGGAAGAAUAUUAUAGAAUGGUCCAAGGAACUCUCUCUGUCAGGAUUCUGCAUGCCAGGGAAACCAGGUGUUGUUUGUGUAGAAGGUCUGCAGGGUAGCUGUGAAGAGUUCUGGUCAAGAAUAAGAAGAUUAACAUGGAAAAGAAUACUAAUUCGGCACAGAGAAGAUAUUUCUUUGGAAGGUGGAGGUCUUGCUGAGAUUCAGAAACAAAGAAAGUUCUCCACUUUGGAAGAGAAAUGUUUCGAUGCACACGGUGCUAGAGGAAAUCAUAUGGAUUUGGGGCAGCUGUAUCAAUUUUUAGAAGAAAAAGGAUGUGCUGACAUUUUUCAAAUGUACUUUGGGGUUGAAGGGCGUUGAAUCAUCACGGGUCCAACUGCCUACAUCUCUAACUUAAAUCUCAUGACAGGUUCUUUUCUGCAACAGUUGAUCAAAGAGGAAAUUGGUGUUUCUUAAUGUAACAAAUCCAGUUUUCUAAGAAAACAAGCAUUCAAUGAGAACCGAAUAAUGAAAAUGACUGAAUGAUUGGACACUUGGAUGCUUUCCUUUGCGACCUAUUGUAGGGAACUGCUGUAGCAGGGACUGGACUCAAUGAUAUCUUGAAUCCCUUUCAACCUGUAUGAUUCUGUUAUUACAGCUGCUGAUUUUAAGGACCUUUGCAUAACAUACUGAAUUACAAAAGACUGUUUGGUAGCCUAAUAGGUAGAAUUACAGAAUGUGGGAUUGUAGUGAGUGAAUGUAUGAAUAGGAAGAAGAGUAAAAGGUGUGUGCAGAAGUAAUAGUAGUAAUAGGAAGAAGAGUAAAAGGUGUGUGGAGAAGAAGGUUGUUUGCAUGAUUUUAUACUGUUUACAUAUACUACAUCCAGACUUCUUUGUUUUCUAUUGAUUUCUACAUGAAGCUGUGAGAUCAAUACAUUUUUCUUAAGAA